CCCCGCAAGAAGAGUCGCGUUCGUGGAGCGGCAGGGUUUGAAAUAUUUUCCUGGAGAUCGAGACGAGAGGCGAGGGCGUGUGCGCCGGCGCAGAGCCUUGUCCCCUUCCCCCUCGUCCCAAUCCUGAAAGCUGCGCCCUUGUACGACUAGACAAAGAAGCGGUCCGGUCCGGUGGAGCGAGGCAACGGGAAACUCUGCAUCCCUCCGCGCCACGGCACCGUAGAGAGCGAGAGCGGCCGCCGGCAACUCUACUCCACACGACGCAGGUGCGGUAAUAUCUGCAAGAUUCGUUUGCGUUCGCGUGGCGCGGGUACUGGAUUGAUCCGUCCGUGGCGCGCGGCGGUUGUUCAUUGCCUCUUCUUUUUUUUUCUGCCGUUUCUUGCCGAUGAACUGCGGCGGAGGAGGCGGCCGCCGCUGUCCCCGACGGGAGUCGUUCGGAGCCGUGUAAGAAGAAGAGAUGGUGCACAAGGAGCUUCAGCAGGCAUGGUGGUUCGACAGCCACAACCUCGCAAGGACGUCCCCAUGGCUCGGCAGCACCCUUUCAGAACUGGAUGACAAGACCAAGCAAAUGCUCAAGCUGAUCGACCAAGACGCGGACUCGUUCGCUCAACGCGCUGAAAUGUACUACAAGAAGCGCCCCGUCCUGGUGGACAUGCUCGGCGACCUGUACCGCACGCACCGCUCGCUUGCCGAGCAGUAUGACCUGCUGAAGCAUGGCAGCGGCACAUGCCGGUCCAAGUUCAAUCCAUCUCCCUGCACCAAGAGCUGGUCUCCGGGGUCCAUGGAUGGCAAGGCAACCAAGAGCUGGUCCUCAGGUUCCAUGGAUGGCAAGACAACAAGAAGUUUUUCCUCCAACUCACUGUGCUCAGACUCCUAUGACUCCGAGUCUGAAGUCGAUGACCCUGAAGAAGAGCAUGAUGAGAAGGUGUCUGAAGGCGAAGCAGAGGCAGCGGCAAAGAAGGACCAGCUUGACCAAGAAGCAGAGCUCAUGCGCGCGGAGAUCAAGAGGCUCAGCGAGCAGAAUGCGGAGCUGCAGAAGGUGAUCGAGGAGAACAAGACGGCUCACGAGGCCGAGCUCGCCGCGAAGGACGAGGAGAAGAGGGAGGUCAUCAGGCAGCUCGCGUCGUCCAUCGACAUGGUGAAGCAGGAGAACUACACCCUGCGCGAGCUCCUCAAGAGCCCCAACCCCAAGCACCACCCCGCCGCCGCGGCCCAGCCCCGCGGCUUCGAUCUCAGGAAGCUCACCAUGGACCUGUUCUCGGCGAAGCUGUUCACGGGACAGCGCAAGCAUUCUGGUCCCAUGGUCGCUCUGUGAAGGAGUGAGUUUUGGUGAUGAAGAGAAGAAAUAGCAUGAUGCAGUCUCUCCGUCUUGACAUCCAGAUCCAUGAGAAUUUCUUGUAGCUCAUGUGCAUAUAGGGUGGGUUUCUUUUGGACCGUGCCUGGUCCCAUCCUUGUUCAGGGUUAGCUAGUAGAGAGAAAUUUUAACUAUGUUGCUGUUAUACUCAUGUUUUAUGUGUAGUAAGUAGUAGUAGUAUAGCCAUAUGAAUGUUUGUAUAUUAUUAUUUUUGCUUAACUAUAUAGUAAAAAUAUAUUAUUAUUUUUGUCAA